CCUUCGAUUUCCCUGUGAACGUCCUCAUUUUUCCCUCCAUUCCGAUCAUUUCCUUCGAGGCUGUGUAUCUCCGUUUGGUCGUAGUUCCUUUUUUUGUUCUCAUAUUGCUCUAGAUUCUAGCUCAAGAAGUUGAAACAUGAAGUUCAAUACCAGUGGUCUUCAAACAACAGCUCCGCUGUUUGGGCCAAAAAUGGAGUUCAUGGAAGGGUUUGCAGCUGCUCCAUCCUUUGAGAUCCCUAAUUCCAGUGACUUUGAUGGCUUUCAGAAAGAUGCCAUUCAAAUGGUAAAGCCAGCAAAAGGAACAACCACACUGGCUUUCAUUUUUAAGGAAGGAGUCAUGGUUGCUGCUGAUUCCCGUGCCAGCAUGGGAGGCUACAUAUCAUCGCAAUCUGUGAAGAAAAUUAUUGAAAUUAAUCCUUACAUGCUUGGUACAAUGGCUGGAGGUGCUGCUGAUUGUCAGUUUUGGCAUAGAAAUCUCGGUGUCAAGUGCCGCCGACAUGAACUAGCAAAUAAGCGUCGGAUUUCAGUUGCCGGAGCAUCAAAAUUACUGGCCAAUAUUCUGUACUCCUAUCGUGGAAUGGGUCUCUCUGUUGGGACUAUGAUUGCUGGAUGGGAUGAAACAGGUCCUGGUCUAUAUUACGUAGACAGUGAGGGAGGAAGGCUCAAGGGAACAAGAUUUUCUGUUGGAUCUGGUUCACCUUAUGCCUACGGUGUCUUGGAUAAUGGGUAUCGGUACGACUUGUCUGUAGAAGAAGCUGCUGAACUGGCUAGACGAGCGAUUUAUCAUGCAACUUUCCGAGAUGGAGCCAGUGGUGGAGUUGCUAGCGUUUAUUACGUGGGACCAAAUGGAUGGAAAAAGCUAUCUGGCGACGAUGUAGGAGAACUUCAUUACAACUACUAUCCCGUGACGCCAACUACAGUGGAUCAGGAAAUGGCUGAAGUAACCGCCGCUUGAUGAUCCCAUAUAGACAGACAUGAGCAGGUUGAGACAUUCUCGCUCCCUAUUCAUUUGUGCUUCUGGGGGGAACUGAUUCUAAAGAGAUUGCUUUAGAUGUGGAGUGUUUUUAAAGUAUUAUGGGAUCCUUAAAAUGUUUGAUUGGAUCAUUCUGUCCUGUUAGUCGAGUUAUAAUAGCUGCAUGGAGAAGAACAUUGCUUGUGUUUCCUAAAUUUUAGAUCCCUUGCUUCAUUGGACUACCUUGCUU